AAGGACCAAUAAAAACAAGUGAAUCCAGCGGAAAUAGGAGUAUAUUUUUACGCGACAUUGGUUUUCUCUUCAGUCUUCACUGCUUUGUAUUCAUUCUCUUCAAGUCAGAAAAACCCUUCAUUACCGGACAUAGGCAAUGGCGCCGCUUCUCUUCGAGGAUAUCUUCAAGAUUCUCAAAAUUGAUCCUGAUGGCAAGAAGUUCGACAAAGUUUCUCGAAUUGAAGCACAGAGUGACAAGUUUGAUGCGUUCAUAUUGCUCGAUAUUAACAUAGACGUGUAUCGUAUCAACAAAGAUAAGAGGUAUACCAUUGGAUUAGCAACCACUCUUGAUCUUGAUGGGGUUGCUGACUCUGGCUUUUACAACCAGACCUCAAGGGAAACACUAGCAGACAGAUACGAUUAUGUCAUGCAUGGGAGAACUUAUCGCAUAACUGAUAUUGAUUAUGAAGGACAAGAGAAGGGAGAGAUAUUUGUGUCAUUUGGUGGACUCUUAAUGAUGAUGAGGGUAGACAAGAGUGUCAGCAAAAAUUUUCAGCUGGACCAGAGGUUGUUCUUGUUGAUGAAGAGAACUGAGUAAGCUUUCCAACUAUGGGAGCAGAUAUCUGACUUGUCAAGCUGUAAAACUGUUUUCAGACAAUGUAUUGAGAAGUGGAUAUGUGGUUUGACAUAGGUAUUGUCUUUCAAAUAUCCGAGCCUGAUUUUAAAAUAUUGUUAAGAAGCUAGUUGUGGUAUUUGAAUGGAUUCAUUGACUAUUUAGAAUUUUAGAUGUCUCUAUUUUGAUGCUAAAUGAAAUGGUAUGAAUGUAGCUUUAUGAAACAAGGUUGUGUAGUUAAGGUUGCAGGUUUGUAUUUUACUACUAA